CGAGGAGGGAGGGGGGUGUGUCAGUAAGGAACCACUCGACCGUUGGUGCGGCUCUGGGAAGGAAGACUGCGUCCCUGCUCGUUCAAUUCCCGUUUACAUUACCGAACAAAUUCGUCAAAGUAAUGGCUACCAAAGGGCCAGGGUACUCGAGCCCCCUCGCAGCUAUGAAGGAGGGCCCUAGAGAGAAACUACUGUGGGUACCCUGCAUCAAAACCAACUCUGGAAAACCAGACUACCUGGCCACAAUUGAUGUUGACCCACAAUCACCAAAAUUCUCCAAGGUAAUUCAUCGACUGUACUUGCCCUACCUUGAUGAUGAAAUUCAUCACUCAGGCUGGAACACCUGUUCUUCCUGUUACGAUGAUCCUACACGAGUCCGGAACAAACUCGUUUUGCCAGCACUUGGCUCAUCAAGAGUAUAUGUAAUAGAUAUUUCUGAAGAAGCUCAACCCAAAAUCUUUAAGGUGAUAGAACCCGAGGUGCUGAAGUCUCAAGGCGUGAGCCACCCCCACACCACCCACUGCCUACCCAAUGGAAAGGUCAUGAUAUCCACACUGGGAGAUGCACAUGGCAAAGCUAAAGGGUCUUUUAUUACCUUUGAUUCCAUCACCUUUGAACAUACAGGCCCAUGGACAGUGAUGAACUCUGACUUUGGAUAUGACUACUGGUACCAGCCCACUCAUGAUGUUCUCAUCGCAAGUGAGUGGGGUUGUCCCACAGCCUUUUUAAAAGGGUUUGACCCAAAGGAUGUUGAGUCAGGAAAAUAUGGGACUCACCUUAAUGUGUACUCGUGGUCUGAGCAUCGCCUUAUGCAGCGCAUUGACUUGGGCAUGAAGGGCGUCAUGCCUCUUGAGAUUCGUUUUCUGCACAAUCCUCUUGCUACUCAGGGUUUCGUUGGUUGUGCCCUAUAUGCUAAUGUGUUUAGAUUUUACCAAAAAGAAGAUGGGACUUAUGCAGCUCACAAUGUGAUCAGUGUUCCACCCAAGAAGGUAGAGGGUUGGAUGCUACCAGAGAUGCCUGGUGUUAUGACAGACAUCCUCAUAUCCCUGGACGACCGCUUCCUAUACUUCAGCAACUGGGCACAUGGGGAUAUUCGCCAGUAUGACAUUACAGAUCCUGAACACCCUAAACUAGUGGGACAAAUUUUCUUAGGUGGCUCCAUUGUAAAGGGUGGUCCUGUGAAGGUCAUACAUGAUUCUGAGCUGACAGAACAGCCAGAUCCUGUGUAUGUGAAAGGGAGGUUGAUAGAAGGAAGCCCACAAAUGUUACAGUUGUCUCUAGAUGGCACGCGUCUCUAUGUCACAGACUCUCUCUUCUCCCCUUGGGACAAGCAAUUCUAUCCAGAGACGGCUAAAAAUGGAUCCGUAAUGCUGCAGAUUGAUGUUAACACAGAAAAGGGUGGUCUAACGUUGAACCAGAACUUCCUGGUGGACUUUGGAAAGGAACCUGAUGGCCCUGCACUUGCUCAUGAAAUUAGGUACCCAGGUGGAGACUGCACAUCAGACAUAUGGCUGCCUCCAGGUUCAACUCAAUGUUCCCACAAUAAGGAAAUUAAGAUGAAAAGUGCUCCACCUGCUAAGAUAUAAGGGCAUCUGGUGUAAUGAAUCUAUUACCAUCUGGUACACAACUAAAGUCAUGCAAAUUUACAUGUUACCCACUGUUUCCAGGGGUUUUGGUAAGAGCCAGAAGCCUACAGCCUGUGAAGAGUUUUUCAUAGGCCACUUAACUGGUCAAUUUUAUAAACUAACAAUUGUUUAUUUGGCUUGCACUGAAACUUCGGUUUAUUUUGACUGGAAGCACGAGCCUAAUCUUGUACUGUAAUUUGAAAAAUUGCCAUAGUUUAAAAAGUAAAAAACACUUUUAUAAACAUUAAUAUUAUACAAUACUUAUAUAAUAUGAAGAUAACAUAUGAGAAUUCUAGAACUAUAUUAUGUGCAAUAAGAAAAGUUUAAAAUAUUCAAUAUGUAUUAUUAAAUUUUUAAUAAUUAUUAAUGUAUUUUUAAUGUUUCUAAUUUCUAAUUAAUGUUUUUCCUAAUUCUAGUUUUUAACUGAUUAAUUGUUAACAAUAUUAAUUACAUAUAUCCUAUAUUUUUGUAUUGAGGUAUUGUAGUAUAUUAUGAUGGAAUUUUUGUAUUACUAUACGGUGGUAUAUGGUAAAAUGUUAUUUGUGUCAAAGAUGCUUUUUCUAAGCAGCAGUUAUGUAAGCAUUAAUACAGUCUAGCACAUCCAAAUGGACAUCAUAACUGUCUUAGAUGUGGAAAAUACCAAUACAGUAUAUUGUAUUUUCUUCAAGUGAAUAACAAUAAAAAUCACAAUAUA